AUGGCAGAUUCAGAAAAGUGGAAGCGCGAAGAAGACGAAGAGGAAGAAGAGGAGGAAGCUGAUGAGAUUGACUAUCGUACACAAAAAGAUGCAGUUCUUUUCGUCAUUGAUGUUAGCGAGUCGAUGCUUACUCCUCCUCCACCUUCCGAUUCAAAGAAAGCCGAUACAGAUAGUCCCACGCUUGCGGCUCUUAAGUGCGCACACAUGAUUAUGCAACAGCGCAUUAUCUCCAGCCCGAAGGAUAUGAUGGGUAUCAUGUUAUAUGGCACAGAAGAGACAAAGUUCAAAGACCAAAGCGGCUUGGACACCUCGGUGUAUCCUCACUGCUAUCUUCUCACAGAUCUUGAUAUACCAUCUGCACAGGAUGUCAAGGCAUUAAAGGAGAUUGUCGAAGAUGAAGAGGAAGCGAACAAAAUAUUGAUUCCCACGGAGGAAACUUUAGAUAUGAAUAACUUGUUAUUCUGUGCCAAUCAAAUAUUCACAACAAGAGCGCCAAAUUUCGGAUCAAGAAGAUUGUUCAUUAUAACCGACAAAGAUGAUCCACAUUCUGGAGAUAAGUCUCAAAAAUCAUUGGCUGCAGUUCGAGCUAAGGAUCUUUAUGAUAUUGGCGUUGUCAUUGAACUGUUUCCAAUAUCGACUCGUGACCAUGAGUUUGAUCGCACUAAGUUCUAUGAUGAUAUUAUUUAUCGUGACCCGCUCGCUGAAGAUCCACCCAAUAUUGGUCCGAAUAGUCUCAAAUCUAAUGGCGAUGGUUUGUCUCUUUUAAACAAUCUUAUCUUGGACAUAAACUCGAAGCAAGCAGCCAAAAGAUCUCUAUUCUCCAAUCUACCAUUCGAAAUAGGACCUAAUCUCACAAUAUCUGUGAAUGGAUACAACGUUCUCCACAAACAAACUCCAGCUAGACGUACAUUCGUUUGGAUGGGAGGAGAAGUCCCAGAAAAGCCAACAUUAGAAACGACGCAAAUGGCCGAAGACACAGCUCGUGUUAUUCAGAAGGUAGAAAUCAAGAAGGCCUAUCAAUUUGGCGGCUCACAAGUUCUUUUUACUCCGGACGAGCAAAAGCAAUUGAAGGAUUUCGGACAUCCAGGACUUCGCAUCAUUGGUUUCAAGCCGCAAUCUAUGUUACCAUUUUGGGCAUCUGUGCAUAAAUCAACAUUUAUAUAUCCAAGUGAAGCCGACUAUGUUGGCUCGACUCGGGUUUUCUCUGCUCUAUGGGAAAAACUUCUCAAAGAUAAGAAAAUGGGAUUAGGAUGGUACAUCGCUCGCAAAAAUGCUAAUCCCGGCAUUGUCGCUAUCCUACCCUCAGCUGAAAAAUUAGAUCCUGCCACAAAUCAGCAGAUUUUCCCCGCCGGUCUAUGGCUCUAUCCUAUGCCUUUUGCUGAUGACCUCAGAAGUGUAGCAGCGCCAGCUCCUAUCGUUGCACCAGAUGAACUCAUCGACAACAUGCGCGUCGUUGUACAACAAUUACAAUUACCAAAAGCUCAAUACGAUCCAAGGAACUACCCAAACCCAAGUCUACAAUGGCACUACAGAAUUCUCCAAGCUAUGGCGCUAGAAGAAGAUGUUCCUGACACCCCUGAAGAUAAAACAGUACCCAAGUACAGACAGAUAGAGAAGAGAUGCGGAGCAUAUAUUAGCGACUGGGGACAAACUCUAGCUUCUGAAUACGAGAAAUGGUGCAGUGAAAAAGGAAAUGCGUUGAAAAGAGAGCGUGAUGAGGGAAUUGAUGAGCCUGAGGGACCGAGGAAGAAAAAGAUAUUGGUAAAAAGUUCGGCUAAGAAACUAGGAGAGUUGGAUAAAGAGGAGUUGAGCAAUUUGGUGUCGAAUGGAGGAUUGGAGAAAUUCAAGGUGGCUGAUCUGAAGGAUUGGUUAUUGGCGAAGGGGUUGAACGGUGCGGGGAAGAAAGCUGAUUUGAUGGAGCGGCUCGAGCAGUGGGUGGAAGAUAAUUAA